UCAUAGAUACAUAUUUUCAUUCGUAUUUUAGAAUAUCUCAGAGUUCACAUAUAUCAGUAGUUUCCCCCCAACAACAUACAAGUAUAUUUUGUGUGUUGCACAUUUACAUAAUUCUGGAAAUAAUCUUCUUGCCAUAGGCGAAUUCAUCGUAUCAGGCUUUACUGUGUCAUGAUUUUCAUAAAAGAACAGAGAAGCUGAACACAAUUCCAAUACACCCUUUUCAAAUAUUUUAAGGCUACAACCCAAAGUUCUAUAAAAGGGAACAAAAUGGGGCUUAAGAUUGGCCCAUCUGCUGUUUUUCUGCAUCUAUGGUCAUUAGGCACAGAAUGAAGAGCAAUUUGAGAUUUUGUGUUGACUUAACAAGUUGUGCUUGCAGAAAAGUGGGUUUUAGCAUCAGGGUGUAUAGUUUUCAAUCUUUAUCAUAUCUUAAGUGGCCUAAGUUUGAAUCUUUUGUACUACUUGAGGGUCUGAAAGCAAGAUGAGUUUUUAGUGGUGGAAUUCAAAGAUCUGGGUAGAAGAGCAAUGGAACCUCCAACUGGAUUUUAUGCUAUAUGGAGCUUUGUUUUGUUUCUUCCUUUUUUCAUCGGUCUUUGGCUUCUAGGCCACUUAAAAGGUGCCAUUUUCUGCCCAUUGGUAUGCUUAAUAAUGACAAUUGGUAACUCAGCUAUCAUAUAUAGUCUUUGGCCAAUACAUUGUAUUUGGACAUAUUACUGUGUAGUGAGAUCUGAAAAAUUAGGACCUUCACUGAAGUUUGUUACAUGCACAUUUCUACUACCCUUGGUGUUGAUUUCAUGGCCAGUGGUUGGCAUUGUUGGGAGUGUUAUAGGUGGAGCAGCCUAUGGAUUUUUUGCACCAAUAUUUGCUACUUUUGAAGCUGUAGAAGGAGGAAAAGAGAACAAACUUCUCCACUGUUUUAUUGAUGGAACAUGGACCACUAUCUUAAAGACCUUUGAUAUUGUCAAGGAUGUGAAAAAUGAAUGCUAUGAUACUUAUUUCUCGGUUAUGGAUGACCUGCUACAACCGAAGCUUCCAGAUGACAAAUAUUAUGAGAUCAGGCUGCGAUAUUUUCCUGCUGCUAUUGUGGCUGCUGUUCUUGGGAUCAUAGUUGAUAUGCCAGCUAUAUCAGCUGUUGCCAUAUGCAAAGGCCCUUACAUGCUUUUUAAAGGGUGGAACCGUUUGUUUCAUGACCUCAUAGGUCGUGAAGGCCCUUUCUUGGAGACAAUAUGUGUGCCUUUUGCUGGCCUUGCCAUCAUUCUGUGGCCACUCGCUGUUGUUGGGGCAAUUCUGGCAUCUGUGCUAGCUAGUUUCUUUCUUGGUGCCUAUGCAGGUCUUGUUGCUUAUCAGGAGUCUUCUUUCUUGUUUGGCCUUGGGUACAUUGUUGCAGCUGUGUCUCUUUAUGAUGAAUACAGCAAUGAUAUUCUUGACUUGAAAGAAGGAUCCUGCUUCCCAAGGCCACGAUAUCGAAAAAAUGCUGAAUCAGAAUUGAAAUCAUUGUCAAAGACACCUUCCCGUACAAAUUCCCUUUCAAAAACAAAGUCCUUAACGAAGACACUUUCUGGUGCAAUAUCACUGAAAAAUAAUAUGGCCGAGUUCAAAGCAGUUGAGCUGUUGAAUGGCUUGUUCAAGGAAUGUCAUCAACUUGGAGAAUCACUGAUUACUGAAGGGCUAAUAAAAUAUGAAGAUAUACAAGAAGCCAAGUCUAAUAAAGGGGGCAGAGUCAUUAGAAUUGGUUUGCCAGCAUAUUGCCUUCUCAAAGCACUCUUACGUUCUGUAAAAGCUGACUCCACCGGUAUAUUGAUAAGUGAUGACACUGAACUAACUACCACAAACAGACCGCAGGAACAGUUUUUUGAAUGGUUCCUUAAUCCCCUUUUGAUCAUCAAAGAACAAAUAAAAGCUGAAAAUCUUAGUGUGUCAGAAGAAGACUACCUUGGCAAAUUAGUCCUCUUCAAUGGUGAUUCCAACAGGGUAAAAAAUUCACUUAUUGUCCCAGGUCCAGAAUCUGACCGCAAACGUGCUGAACUUGAUGCAUUGGCAAGAAGACUCCAAGGGAUCACCAAAUUCAUCACAAGGUUCCCUACCUACAAGCGGCAAUUUGAUCUUAUUUUAAACACGUUAUCUGAUGACCUUGCUGAGAAGCAUGGAGCAUCCAAAAUAAUCAGAUCAAAGAGUGCUUUUCCUCGGAUUUUAAGUUUGAAGUCCUUUAAAGGCAAAACAUCUAACAAUUCUGGUCAAGAGUCUGAACAUACAAUAGAUUUGGAAACUUCAUCAUAGGAACAUCAUGUUGUAUAUUGUUACAUUAUUUUAUCUUGAAAAAGAAAAUGUAAAUGAUUACAUUGUCUGAUUUCACCUACCUAUAACUAUAUACGAACUCAUACUAAUUUUUAAUGUAUACAUUUUUGGACCA